GCCACCUUGGCCGCUGACUCCCCCACUGCCCCCCCCUCCCUGUUCCCCGCCUUUUGCCUUCCUCCCCUGCCUCUCCCCUCCUCCCUUGACACCGGCCGCCGUCCUCUUCCUUCCCGUGUCGGCCGCCAUCCCUCCCCUUCCCUGAUCAAGGCGCUUGGUAGCAGAAAAUAAAAAAAACGCACCACGCCACACUCGCGCCCAGUUUCCACGAGAAAAAGGCCCCCCCCCCCCCUCUGCUUCUUAGACAUGUACAAUCCGAACGAUCUGCCACAGCGGCCGCGUGCACGGCCGCCCCCCGGGCAGCCACCCCAUCUCGCUGGGGCCCCGCUGCCAGGCGGCCCGCACCACAUCCCCCCCGGCGCCCCGGGCCACUUUUCGCCCGACGUGCGUCCCGCUCCGGGGGCGGUCAUGUGGUACGCGCCGCACCAUGCGCCGAUGGUUCGCCCGCCGGCCGGGCCUCUCGGGGCCGACCCGCAGCAGGCCCCGCACUUCCGGCCGCCGUUUGGCCCUGGCGGUGACGCCGGUGCCACCCCCGAAGGCGGCCACCCCCAGCCGGCCCCGGUCCACUGGCCGCCGAUGGCCAUGCACCACCCCCACAUGGGCCCUUGGCCGCCGGCCCGGCCGAUGGCCAUGCCUCUGCCGCCCAUGUCGCACCUCCAGCCGGUGGCUGUGCCGGCCCACGCCCCCCAGUCCGAGGCGGCCGCCGAUGUCGCAACCCCCACCACCGCCGCCGACAGCUCCCCUGCCACGGCCGCCUUCUUCUCGCAGGCCCCCAGCACGGCCUCCUCCUCCUCCUCCUCCUCGGCGGACGACCUGGGCGCGUCGACCGGCGGACGCCGGGCUCGCACGCGCCCCGGCAAGACCCGCCCCGAGGGCGACUCCCCUCCCACAUCGGCUCGCACGCGCGCCCCGGCCGCAUCCACCACGUCCACCCCGGCGCCGGAGGGCCGGAGCAACCUCCUUUCCGGUCUCUUCGCCAAUGCCCCGGCCACUUCGGCGGCCGGCCAGCCCCAGCCGGCCACUGAGCCGGCCGAGCCCGGCAACGGCCGUGCCCCGGCCCGGUCCACUGGCCCCGGCCCCCGCGGCGCCGCCCCCAAGCAGCCGGCCACCGGCCCCGGCGGCUCCAAGCAGCCCGCCGAUGUCGGCCCUGGCGGCGUCGAGUUUCAGAUCCGUCACGAGCCCCUGAACCCGGCUCUCUCGGGCCUGCCUCGUCAUUGGGGCAUCGUGUCCCAGGCGUUCCUGUCUCUGGCCCUGGCCCGCUCCUCCCAGGUGACCCCUUCCACCGGCAAGGUCAUUCCCCUGGUGUCCCCCUGUCCGACCACCGGCCAGCCGGUCCCCACCGACCCGGCCCUGCGCCUGCUGACCGACAUCAACUCCAGCAACUUCUCCUGGGGCUGCCCCAACGUGGUCCCCGGCGAUUUGGUCUCCUUCGUGAUGAUCCCCGGCGGCCCGGCGGCUCCGGGCUCCAUGCAGGUGGCUGACGUUCGCCUGGAGGUUCCACGCGCCGCGCGCCGCUACACCGGCACCAUCUCCCAGAUCAAUCCCAACGGCUAUGGCUUCCUUCAGCUGAAGAAUCCGGCCGAGGCCCAGAGCCCCACCCCGGGCCCCGGGGAGAAGUCCCGCAACAUCUACUUCCACAUCCAGUCCAUUUGGACGCGCAAUCCGGCGGUCGAGCUGCGCAUUGGUGACCUGCUGGAGUUCGAGAUUGUUCGCACCGACAAGUCCUUCUCGGCCACGCGCAUCCUGCUGCUGGAGUCGACCAGCGGCCCGGGGGUGGUGCCGGUGACGGCCACCGUGGUCCGGCCCCUGGCGGCGGCGGUCCUCCGCGAGGGGGCUGCUCCCCAUCUGGAGCCGCUGGCCGGGGCUUUGCAGUUCCCCCUGCAUGGGCAGCUGCACAUGGUCCCCUUCUCGGUGGGGCAUGUUGCCUCGGCCGCGGGCGAGGCCACCCGGCCGCCGGUCAUCGGCGAGCAGGUCCCCGCGCAGAUCCUCCUCACUCCGCGGUCGCCGGCUCCGAGCGUGGUGUCCGUGCAGUUCCCCCAUCGGGAGCAGGCCGCGCCGGCCUUGGGCCCGGCGGCUCGCGGUGCGCCGGCGCCGCCCCUGCCGACGCAGUUUGCCCUGGCCGCGUCGGACAUGGCCGCCUCCCGGCACCCGGGGCUGCUGGUGUCGCUGGACACGGCGGACAUGCUGCCGGCGGCGGGUGCCAGCUCGGCCGCGGCUCUGGCGGCCCUGGCCGCCGGGCACUUCUUCGGUGAGGUGAAUGGUGCCGCGGCGCCGGUGCCGGCGCCGAUGGUCACCGGGGCCGCGGCCCCGGCCCCGGCCACCGCCGACUCCCCCCCGGGUGCCCUGGUGCAUCGGACCCUCCCGCAUGAGGGGCCGCCCGCGUCGCCGGGCAUCGCCGGGCGCACGGCCAGCGCCGCCACCGGGCCCCUGCCCCCGCCGAAGUCGGUGGACAUCAUUUCGCAGAAGCCCGCCAUCCGGGGCGUCCGGUCGGCCGACAUGCUUGGCUGGCUGGACAGCCGGACCCCCUCGGCUGCCGGGUCCACGGUCGGGCUCUUCGAGCUGGAUGCCCUGCAGGAGCCCGGGCACCUGCUGGGUGUGGUGGUUCGGUCGCCCUCGCGGGCCGGUGGCACCGGUGGCGGUGCCUCCUCGAAUGAUGAUCUCCCGGCCGGGCCGCCGGGCGCCGGGGCUGGUGCCGACGACCAUGGGGCCCUGGGGCUGAUUGCCACGACCGGUCGCGAUCCGCACACCGGGGCCGAGGUGACCGCCCUGUGGCACUUCACCCAUGCGGCCAUCACGCUCAACUAUUUCGGGCUCUUCUACGGGGACCUGGUGUCCUUCCAGCCGGCGGCCCCGCCGGGUCCGGGCGGUGCCCCGGGUGUGGCCACCAAUGUCCGGACCAAGGCCCUCACCGAGCUGGGCAUCUACUUCGGCAUUGUCACGGGCAUUCGCCAGGACAGCGGGUCCGCGUGGAUCCGCUGCCGGGAGUUCGCCUCGCGGGUGUUCUUCCGACUGUCGGACUUCGCCGGCAAGGAGGAGCUCCGCAUGCCGAUGGCCGUGAGCUUCCUGCUGGUGCGGCACGCCUCCUCGGACCGGCUGUUUGCCCGGCGCGUGCGCCCGGUCCCCAUCCCCCUGGGCAUUAGCUUCAUCGAGUCGGGCGUGGUUCUGACCACCCCGGGCCCCAAUGCCCGGGCGGUGCACACGUCCACCGCCUCGCGCGUGGCCCACAUCGAUGCGCCAUUCCGCAGCGAGCGUGUGUACUCCCUGCCGGAGGCCUUGCGCCCGGCCGAGCCGACCGGCCAGAUCCGCCCCUGUGGCAGCCUGGUGGCCGGCGACACGGUGGACAUGGUGGUCGCCAUCAACCCCACCACCCGGCGCCUGCAGGGUGGCGAUGUCACCCGGCGGCUGUCGUAUUACGCGGACCCGCCGGCCGAGCCGGUCCCGGCGGCCGAUCUCCCGGCCAAUGCCCACAACAGCGGCGCCGGCGCCGGCUCCGGCUCCGGCUCGACCAACAGCGGCAGCGCCUCGCCCACCGGCAGCGCCGCCACCCCGGCCGCGGUCCCCUCGCUGACCCUGCGCCAUCGGGUGGUCACCCUGCGCACGCCGACCCAGCCGCCCCUAUCGCACCACAACCUCAUGGGCUUCGGCAAGAAUGGCCUUGGCGGCUGGGCCUGA